CGACACCUUGACUACAGAAGUAAAUAAAUCAUUUUUGGUUAGUUUUUUGUAAGAUGAUAACUUUAAAUCAGUUGGAGGUGUAUAAACACCACAUAAACUGCGUUUUUAAAUGCGGAAUGUUGGUUGAUGAACAUGUAGAGUUGUUGCAUCAAUAUUUAACCUCGCCUAAGUUAAAAUCAAAUGGGGCCCACUGGAAAAUAGCAUCAGUUUCUUUAAUAUGUGGGUGCAUUUAUAGCGGAUUAUUAGAAUCAGUAUUUCCGGUCGUAUUGUCAUCUUUGCCUUUAAGUGCCAUUUUUGCCAAAGACUUAAUUAGGUAUUUUAAAUAUAAAGGAUGUAUUAAGAGGUUUGAGAAUUUAACAAAAACGUUUAGGAAAAUUUCUGAUUUCAAUAAAGGUGUUCAAAAGUAUUAUGAAAGAAGACUUGCAGCUUUAAGUAAAUUAGAUGAUGCAACUAAAAUAGUUAUCGAAACACCGAUUAAAAUAAAAUUAUCAGAAUUUGUUAAAAAUAUUUUUGCUGAAAUGGAUGUUUUAGUGAAUCAUAUGCAUGAGCAAUUAUUAAAUAUAAAGGAGUUUAUACCUGACCAACUAUGGAAUGUUUGCAAUUUAAAUUUAUAUGGAAAAAUACAUUGGGAUGUCCAAGAAGAUGCUUCAUCUCAAUUUAAGACAUUACAAAUGUGUUACAUUUUGGCGACAUCAACUUAUUUACUUGGAAUCAGUGUAGCUUUAUCCACUCAACCAGAACAUGUUUUAUCGAAAAUUCUCCCAAUUUCAGAAAAAUUUAUUAUCUCAAAAUACAAAGACAUGAAAAAUUCCCUUGAAGAAGCAACAUAUGAAUUACCACCACCCCAAUUGAGACAUAACGAGAGUUUCGUACGAACAGAUUCGCUCAUCACAGUCUCAAAACUCCUCGAAUCACUGCAAUUAACUUACCACGCCUGUAUUGGAACCCAACAAUCCAUUUUUACGCUAACAAACGACGACAUAAUAAGAAACCAACUAAACGAUUUAGAAAAAUUGUUUUUGGAAUGUUCCAGUUUGCUCUCAAUAUUACAACACGAAUAUAAUUACAACAAAAAACCCAUCAAAACUAAAUCCAAAGAGAUUCCCGAAGAAGUUAUCUCCAAGGAGCAAAAAACAAUUAAAACAUUUCGAUACGACGACAUUGAUGAUCUAGCAGAAGAUGAGCAAUACGAAAUAUCAAUUCACAGCAGCGAUUUAGAGUCAGACCCAGAAGAUGAUCCAACAAACGUUGAAUACGAACAAUUAAAAGAACAAAUUCGGGCGCAAAAAAUGAUUUUGAAAGAGUUAAACGAUGAAUUACUCAAAAGGAAAUUGGUGAAAGAAGAAUUUAUUGAUCAAAAUUUAAAAUCCAAACCAAAAAUAAAAACGAUUGAUGAUGUAGAUUUAAAUGAUUUGGCACCUCCCACGAAUUGGUCUUGCAACGUGGACUUUUUGGCGCAAAUUCAAGCGAUGGCCCACAAUCGAGGAGGUGAAGAAUCCGUGUUUGGAGAUGAUGAUUAAAAUUGUACUAAAUAAAAUAUUUUAAAUACAAGAACUAUAUUGUAAAAAAGACAAAAAAACAAAUACAGUGAUCACAAUGAGGUAAACUUAAUACUAUCAGUAAAUAGUUCUAUACACAUACAGACAGACGAAAUAUAAUAAUUAUAUAUAUGCAUAAUAUAUUUAUAUACAGAAUACUUGUAUAGAUGUUUUGUUAUUAGAAAUACAUAAAACUGGUCAUGAUCUACAGAGAUGGACGUGUUUAAAAAAAAUGAAGCAGCCGUUGCUACAUGAUGAUAAGAGUAUUUAUGUUUUGUAAAUUCUGAAUAUUUACGGACGGAUUAAAGAAAUGUUGAUUGAUCGCCAACGGCAAAUGUAACGUGUAUUCUUUUUUUGUGUUCAUGUAAAUGCAUUGAGCUGCUAAAAUGGAUGGGAUGAAGGGAUGGCUACAAUAAAAAUGACUUGGUGAAACUUAAACAAUUACCACUUAAAUAAAACUUAACAUAUGCAUCCUAACCUAGUUAAAGCAUCAAAUAUUGUGUCAAUAUACAAUACAAUUCUAUUUCAAUAAAAAAUAUAUAGGCAA